CACAGUGCAGUAUAUACGGUACGGCAGGUCAAAAACAACAACAUAACUCAUCCUCCGCAAUUUCCUUGCUUGGUGACUUGAAAUAAUUAAUUAAAAUGUCGAAAAUCACAUACUACUACACCUCAGUAUCUUCUAACUUGGAGAUAAAAAAGCAUCAACAGAAGAUAGAUAUGAUCUUAUCAUCUAAGAAGAUUGACUUUGAUAAGGUAGACAUUUCUACAGAUGCUGAAGCAAAAAACAAGAUGAGGGAAUUAGCUGGCGAUCCCAAGGCCCUUCCACCACAGCUCUGCAAUGGAGAUACUUAUUUAGGGGACUUCAGUGCUUUUGACGCAGCUGUUGAAGCUGAAGAGAUUGAAGAAUUCCUAAAACUGAAGUGAAUCCCAAACCAUCUUCCAGGUUGCAUAUAUAGUUUACUAGAUCAUGAAAGAAGCAGCAAAUAUUAUUAGUGCAAAGUUAUUUCCUUCAGAUCUUAUUUCAUAUUUGCUAUGUUAGGAAUGAGUGAUUAAAUUGAGCUGUAUUUGAAUAUAAUAGACUAGAUGAUAUAUACAGUAAUAAGGUCUAGUAAAAAUAGAAUUAUCCAAAAUAUAAGGGCAACCACAACUGAAAGUUUAUAUUAAAGCCAGCGUAUGGCAACCUACAUAGGAUAUGGGUAGGUAUUUUGUUAACCUAUAUCUAAAUAUAAAGAACUGCAUUCAUGUAAAGAAUUUUAAUUUGUGACAUUU